UUAACGCCUCAACAGCAACAGACUUAUUCGCUGAAUCCCAAUCCAAAUGCUGAUGCUGUAUUUGUCCCUCUUUCCAUUUCUUCCGUUUUAGUUGGAAUAUGUGACGCUUUCAUUAGACCAUUUAAAGAAUCUGUAUUUGAAGAUGAAGAAAACGAACUUGAGGAAGUGGUAUUUGGAUUU